AUGGCGUUAUAUCAGUAUUCAGUCCAUGGAAGAACUCAGUAUUCAGUCCAUGGAAGAACUGUAUUCCAGCUUUUACGUUGCUCUGAACAGAAACACCUCAAAUACCCUUUCAAUAUUACUAGUAGUAGAACUGGCGUGGCCAAGGACAAGGGAGGGACCGAAAAGGUUGCUUAUGGACAACACCAUAUCCGAUGCCUUCCAAAGGAGAGGGAUGCACUCCUUCAAUUCAAGGCUGUCAUUGUUGAUCAUAACGGCAUGCUCUCAUCUUGGACCACUCCCGACUGUUGCCAAUGGGAGGGGAUUCGCUGCACCAACCUCACCGCUCAUAUUAUAAGCCUCCACCUUUCUGGACAGUAUAAUGAAUCACUUUCUCUUGGCGGUUAUGUUUCUUACGAAGUCUCUCAGCGUUACAUUGGCGGAGAGAUUCACAAGUCGUUAAUGGAGUUGCGACAGUUACAGUAUUUAAACCUCAGUUUCAAUUAUUUUCGAGACAGUAAUAUUCCAGAGUUUCUUGGCUCUCUUACCAACUUGAGAUAUCUUGAUCUCUCUUCAUCUUAUUUUAGCGGAAAAAUUCCAACUCAGAUAAGUUAUCUUUCUCAUUUGAAAUAUUUGAAUCUUGCAACAAAUUAUUAUUUGAAUGGUUCAAUCCCUCGUGAACUUGGAAAUCUCUCUCAGUUGCAGUAUCUUGAUCUCAGUGGCAAUUCUUUUGAGGGAAGUGUGCCAUCUCAGAUCGGAAAUCUCUCUCGAUUGCAGUAUCUUGAUCUCAGAUGGAAUUGUUUUGAAGGAUACAUUCCUUCCCAACUGGGAAACCUCUCAAAUUUGCAUAAACUCUAUCUUGGAGGAUAUCAUAGUGCUCUCAAAAUUGUCACUAGUGAUCAAUGGUUAUCUAAUCUUAAUUCUUUAACCCAUCUUUCCUUCAAUUCCAUCUCUAAUUUUAACAGUUCUCCUAGCUGGCUUCGAACCAUUGCCAAGCUACCAAAACUAAGAGAACUCAGUUUAAUUGAAUGUGGCCUUUCCGAUCAUUUCCUCCUUUCAUUCAACCCUUCCAACUUAAAUUUUUCUACUUCCCUUUCUAUCUUAGACUUUCCUUCAACUCCUUCACGCAACCGAGGAUAUUCCAGUGGGUGUCAAACACCACUUCCAACCUUGUUGAGCUUGAGCUUCGAGAUAUUGGAUCUUUCUAGCAAUCAAUUGACGGGGAAGAUACCUGAUUUCUCAAUUUUAAAGUUGGAAACGCUGAAUCUGAGCAUGAAUCAAAUUAGUGGUACUUUGCCUAACACCUUCAAAUUGUUCCCAUCAUUAAAAAGACUGUACCUUGAUAAUAACAUGUUAAAUGGGACAAUUUCUGAAGAUCUUCGAUUUCCAACAGAACUUGAGGAAUUAUCCUUGAUGUCAAACUCUUUGAAAGGUGUGUUAUCUGACUCCCAUUUCUAUAAUAUGACAAAGUUAAGGACAUUGAUGUUGUCAGAUAACUCACUCACGUUAGACGUUAGUCAAAAUUGGGGUUCAGCUUUUCAAUUGGAUAAUAUUGAAUUGAGGUCUUGCAAGCUUGGUCCUUUGUUUCCCAAAUGGCUAGAGAAACAAAACAAAUUUCAAUACCUUGACAUUUCAAAUACUGGAAUAUCAGGUUCUGAGCUAAUGUUCACAAACAUAGGAUUAUCACUUUUAAAAAGCAUUGAUCUAUCAUACAAUCAAUUAUCCGGAGAAAUUCCAAAAGAAAUAGAGGGUUUAUUGGGAUUGGUUUCAUUGAAUUUAUCAAGAAAUCAACUCACAGGAAAAAUUCCUUCAAAUGUUGGAGAGUUAACAUCACUUGAAUUUCUUGAUUUGUCACGAAACCAACUUGUUGGUUCUAUUCCUUCCAGUCUUGCUCAAAUUGAUCGACUCACUGUGUUAGAUUUGUCACAUAAUUACUUAUCUGGAAAAAUUCCAACUGGCACACAAUUACAAAGUUUCGAUGCACUGAAAUAUGAAGAUAAUGUUGAUCUCUGUGGACCACCAUUAAAGAAAUUGUGUAUUGAUGGAGUGACAAGACAAGAACCAAUUGUUGCUUAUGGACAACACCAUAUCAGAUGCAUUCCAAAGGAGAGAGAUGCACUCCUUCAAUUCAAGGCUGCCAUUGUCGAUCGUUACGGCAUGCUCUCCUCUUGGACCACUCCCCACUGCUGCCAAUGGGAGGGCAUUCGCUGCAACAACCUCACCGCCCAUAUUAUAAGCCUCGACCUUCAUGGAGAGGUUCAUUAUGAAUAUUUUUCUCGUGGAAAUUAUGAAGUCUCUCGGCAGUAUUACAUCAGUGGAGAGAUCCACAAGUCAUUAAUGGAGUUGCCACAGUUACAGUAUUUGAACCUCAGUUUCAAUUAUUUUCUAGACACUAAUAUUCCAGAGUUUCUUGGCUCUCUUACCAACUUAAGAUAUCUUGAUCUCUCUUCAUCUUAUUUUAGCGGACAAAUUCCAUCUCAGAUAAGUUCUCUUUCUCAUUUGAAAUAUUUGAAUCUUGCUGAUAAUUAUUAUUUGGAUGGUUCAAUUCCUCUUCAACUUGGAAAUCUCUCUCGAUUGGAGUAUCUUGAUCUCAGCUACAAUUCUUUUGGUGGAUACAUUCCUUCCCAACUAGGAAACCUUUCAAAUUUGCAUACACUCUAUCUUGGAGGAUAUGAUAGUGCUCUCCAAAUUGUCACUAGUGAUCACUGGCUAUCUAAUCUUACUUCUUUGACCCAUCUUUACUUGUAUUCCAUAUCUAAUUUUAACAGUUCUCCUAGCUGGCUUCGAACCAUUGCCAAGCUACCAAAACUAAGAGAACUCAGUUUAAUUCAAUGUGGCCUUUCCGAUCAUUUCCUCCUUUCAUUCAACCCUUCCAACUUCAAUUUUUCUACUUCUCUUUCUGUCCUUCAUCUUUCUGGUAACUCCUUCACACAACCAAUG